AUGAAUAUUCGUCGAAUGCAUGAACGAAGAAUGGCUGUCCCCUCGUCUGCCCACGCCUAAAUUCUGUCCCUUUGUCUGGGCACCCCUAAUCUCUGUCUCUUUAUCUGUCCUUAAUCUCUGCCCCUUGACUGGCCUCCCUAGUCUCUUCCUCCUUGUCCAUUUGUCCCUGUUCUCUUUCCUCCUGUCCAUUCACGCUGAUCUCUGUCCCCUUGGUUGUCCAAUCCGUUACUGUCUUCUUGCCUGCACCCCGAAUUUCAGUCUUGUCUAUCGGCCCCGGAUUUCUUUCUCAUCGUCUAUCCCUCCCCAAUCUACCUCCCCUGAUCCACCUGGCCCCAAUCUCUGUCCCCUCGCCUGUCCUUCCCUUUCUCUCUUUCCCUUUUUAUCCUUUAUCCAUCCCUCUCUCAAUCUCAUCUCUCAUCUCCACCCUCGUCCGGCCCCUUCCAAGCACAGAACCCACCGGCCACCAUGUCAGGAGACUACGAGGAUGACCUCUGCCGGCGGGCACUCAUCCUGGUCUCGGACCUCUGUGCGCGGGUCCGAGAUGCCGACACCAGUGACAGGUGCCAGGAGUUCAACGACCUGCGAAUUCGAGGCUAUCCCCGGGGCCCAGAUGCAGACAUCUCCGUGAGCCUGCUGUCGGUCAUCGUGACAUUCUGUGGCAUUGUCCUUCUGGGCGUCUCCCUCUUCGUGUCCUGGAAAUUGUGCUGGGUGCCCUGGCGGGACAAGGGAGGCUCAGCGGUGGGCGGGGGCCCCCUGCGCAAAGACCUAGGCCCUGGGGUCGGGCUGGCAGGCCUGGUGGGCGGUGGCGGGCCCCACCUGGGGGCCGGCCUGGGUGGCCAUCCUCUGCUGGGGGGUCCACACCACCACGCCCACACCGCCCACCAUCCGCCCUUCGCUGAGCUGCUGGAGCCAGGCAGCCUAGGGGGCUCUGACCCCCCUGAGCCCUCGUACUUGGACAUGGACUCGUAUCCAGAGGCUGCGGCAGCUGCAGUGGCCGCUGGGGUCAAACCGAGCCAGACAUCUCCUGAACUGCCCUCUGAGGGAGGUGCGGGCUCUGGGCUGCUCCUGCUGCCCCCCAGUGGUGGGGGCCUGCCCAGUGCCCAGUCGCAUCAGCAGGUCACAAGCCUGGCACCCACCACCAGGUACCCGGCCCUACCCCGGCCCCUCACCCAGCAGACCCUGACCCCUCAGCCGGACCCUGGCAGUGAGGAGCGGCCGCCUGCCCUACCCUUACCCUUGCCAGGCGGUGAGGAAAAAGCCAAACUCAUCGGGCAGAUCAAGCCCGAGCUGUACCAGGGGACUGGACCCGGUGGCCGGCGCGGUGGCGGGGCCGCGGGCUCGGGAGAGGCCGGAGGGGGGGCGCCCUGCGGCCGCAUCAGUUUUGCCCUGCGGUACCUCUAUGGCUCCGACCAGCUGGUGGUGCGGAUCCUGCAGGCCUUGGACCUCCCGGCCAAGGACUCCAAUGGCUUCUCAGACCCCUACGUCAAGAUCUACCUGCUGCCGGACCGCAAGAAAAAGUUCCAGACCAAGGUGCACAGGAAGACUCUGAACCCUGUAUUCAAUGAGACAUUCCAGUUCUCGGUGCCCCUGGCCGAGCUGGCCCAGCGCAAACUGCACUUCAGCGUCUAUGACUUCGACCGCUUCUCACGGCACGACCUGAUCGGCCAAGUGGUGCUGGACAACCUCCUGGAACUGGCUGAGCAGCCCCCCGACCGCCCACUAUGGAGGGACAUCGUGGAGGGCGGCUCGGAAAAGGCAGAUCUCGGGGAGCUCAACUUCUCACUCUGCUACCUCCCCACCGCCGGGCGCCUCACCGUGACCAUCAUCAAAGCCUCUAACCUCAAAGCGAUGGACCUCACUGGCUUCUCAGACCCCUACGUGAAGGCCUCUCUGAUCAGCGAGGGGCGGCGUCUGAAGAAGCGGAAAACCUCUAUCAAGAAGAACACGCUGAACCCCACGUACAACGAGGCGCUCGUGUUCGAUGUGGCCCCGGAGAGCGUGGAGAGCGUGGGGCUCAGCAUCGCGGUGGUAGACUAUGAUUGCAUCGGGCACAACGAGGUGAUCGGUGUGUGCCGCGUGGGCCCGGACGCCGCCGACCCCCACGGCCGCGAGCACUGGGCGGAGAUGCUGGCCAACCCCCGCAAGCCCGUGGAACACUGGCAUCAGCUGGUGGAGGAAAAGACUUUGUCCAGCUUCACAAAAGGCAGCAAAGGAUUGUCAGAGAAAGAAAACUCAGAGUGAGGGGUCUGGCCUAGGCCCAGGAUCGGACCAGGCCCCCUCAGGACCCCAUCCCUUCCUGCCCGGACUGUGAAUUCAUCUCCUCGAAGCCAUAACGUCCGAGCUGCGUGGUGCGGGGCCGCCUGGGCCCACCCAUCCUUCUACCCCGCGAGGCGCCAGGGUGGGAGGCAGGCGGGCCCAGCUCCCUGUUUCAGGGUUGGGGGGGGGGGCAUUCAGUCUCCACUGUGUCUGUCUUCCCUUCCCCAGGGCUCCUCUUCCAGGCAAGGGGCCAUGCAUGUCUGGGGGACCCCAGCCCCCCAAACCCUUCGUCUUUCUGUCUGUCUCUUUGCUGUUUGUCCAAGACUUGGUGUCCUGACCCUUGUUCUUGCUGUGAAUGUCAACAGACCGAUCCUCCGUAUUCCCCCCACACACACACACACACCCGUGUCUACCCUUUCUGUUCAACACACCCUGCGUCUGGCCGAUCCCCCCACUGCUGCUGCUACCAACACCGGAAUAAACACACACCGUGGGUCUCACUCCACCCGGGG